CUGUCGUCGCCUCUUGCCGUGAGUCGUCCGCCACAGUGGCGCCAGCAAGGGUGCCCGGGAGAUCAGUUGGCGACGUGGCAUCGGCAGCUGGAAUAGUCUCAGAUGCAGCUGCGCUAUCCUGUGAAGCCUCCGCUGAUGGUUGGGCUCCUGAUUCAGCCCCAAUUCGCUGUCCCAUUGCGGCGAUUCGCGAAAUCGAAGAUGGAGUCCGCUAACAGAGAAGCGCUUUUCAGAUACACACAGCAAGCUUAAAAAGAACAUGGAAGGAAGAGGCCACCUGGGUCGUCCCAUCUUUCCGCGGAAAUUUAUGUAUCUCUCGCGGGUGAUCGAAUCGACUGAGGCUGCCAGCGAGCCGCAGCAGAGAAAGAAAACAUGUAUGAACUGGCAAAGUGUGCCUUUCGAAUGAGCUCGUCAUUCACCAACAAAAACGAGUCGAAAAAGAGACGAACAAGAACAACUUCUUCUGCGCAUGGCUCACUGGCACCUACCCCUCUUGUACCAGACUAGCCUCGUCCGGGUCAACUGCCGCGGUUCCGCAAGAUACGGCGGCCUGUUGAGAAUGCAGGCGAGAUUCUCCCCGAGGUCCGUGAAACGAACAGCCACAGGUGGAGUCUGGCAUGAGCUAAAGAAAUAUGAUUCUCAAAACAGCAUGCGUAUCGCAGGAGCACUUUCUCCGACGCCCUCGUAUCGCGUCGCGACGCACGCCGCGGUGCCACGGCGGCCACGCCAAGACAUCAGGAUGCGCAGCCUUCCCCUUUACCAGUUUCCAGUCUCCUGGCUUUUCCAGUCCGAAGUUCGAGAAGUGGGCACUACUAGAAGGCAUCAGGCGAAGAGAAACUCGCAACACCAGCCGCUCUUAGGGUCUAAUCCGGCUUUGCAGCACUCCCCUGCUACCAUUACAGACAGGCUAAGUGAAUUUCCCAGUGGAAGAGCUCCCAAUCCCGCGUGGAGUAAGUCGGCAAAAACGUCCACGUUCCGUACGAAACACAUAUAUCCCCUUCCCCCAAGACAUCGCUGAAGACACCGUCGAUGUGUCAUGCGAUCGUCUCUUUUCUUGCCCUUCUCUCGAAAAUUCCAUCCUUUCUGCGAAGAGCUGUAUGGGACUGAAGUAAACUGAGAUUCUAACUCUGAACCCCUUGCACCCGCAGUUCUAUCGCUCGUUGAGA